AUGUCUCCGCCACAGAAGGACACGCGUGAGAUCCUCGAGAGAACGAGGAUGUGCAAGUACUGGAAGGCAAAGCGAUGUACGCUUGGCGCCGACUGCAAGUUUGCCCACUCCGUCGCGGAAUUGAAGCAGCAGCCGGAUUUGGUGGCAACCCAGCUUUGCUUUCAGUUCUCGCGCAAAGGGCGCUGCAAGAAUGGAGAGGCGUGCAAGUUUGCUCACGGCAGAUCCGAGCUCCGGCGCUUCCCGAAUGCGACCAGCAAUGAGACUCCCACAAAGGCCCACAAGGAGCAAAGCAUGCGCAAAGGAGAGAGCCACGAGACUCCGUCCAUCGUCCACCCGGUCCUGAAGUCAGGCGUGGUGCAGAUUCUGCCGGGUCAGUCGGCACAGAGCGACCCUGAGGCCGAGGUCCCACCUCCUUUCCGGGCCCCACCGGGCUUAGUGCCCUGCUGGACGACCCCAUCGGCAGCCACACUCCAGGAUCUCGCUGCGUUCAAUGCGAUUGACAUAAUGUCGUUUGCAUCGGCGCAGCAGCUGCUGUCACAAGGCUACAAGCAUCGCAAGCCUCCUCUGUCUCAUCAAGGAUCGAUGGACUUACCCCUCACUUUGGAACGGAGCCCGAGCAAGAGCCACGACCGUGAGGGAACCGACAGCGCAUCCACCACAUUGCUCAGCGGAUGCCCCUCUGACAGCGAACCUGCCAGCCCUACGUGCGUGCGGUUUUGGCUGUGA